AUGCGGAAGAACAGGGCCAAGUUCUUAUGGGCUCUGCUGCCCAAAAUCCCGUUCCUCCUCCGCACUCUCGUCAUGCAUGUCCUGGGAGUGUCCGAGGUAGCGAGGUACUUGGACCUGGAGACAAACAUGACGCUGACGGUGUUGCGGUCCGCAGUCUCGGGUGGCAAGCCGCGCGCCAUCGGCGCCACACAAGCCAUGUCGAUUCUGGAUCCCGGGGUCAAGGGCAAGGUGUGGAUCAGCAACGCCGUCUCCGAGGUGCCGCCCGAGCGAGGCAUCCGCGAGGCCCUCAUGGCCGUGAUCAAGUCGCUGAGCGACUUGGAGGCGCAAGAGGCCGGCUUCAAGGUCCCCGAGAUCGCGCGCGUCGAGGCCGAGUGGACGGGGUACAGGGCUGGCGCGGCGCACGACGAGCCGCUCCCUGACAUCCCCGAGGAGCAAAAGUACGACGCGCUGAUGAAGGAGUGCAAGAACGCGACCACGGUGCUGUACUUCCACGGCGGCGCCUACUUCCUCUGCGACCCGUCGACGCACCGUGUGCUCGCGAAGCGGCUGGCCAAGGCCACCGGGGGCCGCGUAUACUCCGUUCGCUAUAGAUUAGCGCCUCAACAUCCGUUCCCGGCGGCGCUGCUAGAUGCGCUCGUUUCGUAUUUCACGCUUUUAUAUCCGCCUCCCGGGUCGAUGCAUGAGGCCGUGUCUCCUAGGGAUAUCGUGUUCGGCGGCGACAGUGCGGGAGGGAACCUCACUCUGGCUCUAACGCAGGCAUUGCUUCAGUUACGCCGGCUGAAAAUCAAAAUACCAUGGUUCGGCAUGAAACGCGACGUGCCUAUGCCGGCGGGCCUCGCUCUAUUUUCACCAUGGAUAGACAUGGUGCAGAGUUUCCCAUCGUGGUCGGCGAACGCCAAAUGGGACUACCUCCCGCCUCCGGACCGAUGGGAGGCAUCGCCACCCCCUUCGGAUGCCAUCUGGCCCGCGACACCGCCCCGCAAGCACCUCUACGUGGACGACGCGCUGCGUCUACACCCCCUCGUGUCCCUACAGCUCAACGCCAGCUGGGCUGGCACACCGCCGGUCUGGAUGUGCUUCGGGUGGGAGUGCCUGGCAGACGAGGACCGGUACUUCGCGGCCAAGCUGCGGCGCGACGGCGUGCGCGUCGCGCUCGACGAGUUCGAGGCCAUGCCUCACGUCUUCGCCCUCGUACUACCCAAGCUCGCCGAGACGGAGCGCUGCGUGCGCGGCGUGGCGCGCUUCAUCACCGCCACGCGCAAGGAGCCCGAACGCAUCGUCUCGAGCUACACGUACAUCAAGGCGAAGACGCUCGAGGAGAGCGAGGGCGACGUCGAGAAGCUGACGCCGUACGGAGAGAAGGAGGUCUUUGCAAUGGCGUAUGGCAAGGUUGGGCGGGAGGCGCCUUUGUCGCCUAUUCUCGCCGGUCCGAAGUUAUGA